GAUCAUGCAUUACGGCUGAGGAGAACGAUACCAUACGAUUGAUCCCCUAAAACCAACACCGAGUAUGAAACCCUAAACCUAGGGUUUUCUUCACCUUCUUCUACUUCUUCCUGUCCUACCUCUCUGAAAUUCUCUCUCUGUAAAACCAUUGUUUUGGAGAAGAUGCUCCGCAGAAACAUACGGCUGAGGAGAGAGUAUCUGUACAGAAAGAGCUUAGAAGGCAAAGAACGUCUUCUCUAUGAGAAAAAGCGAAAGAUCAAAGAAGCCCUGCAAGAGGGUAAGCCGAUUCCCACGGAGCUUCGGAACGAGGAGGCGGAGCUUCGGCACCAAAUAGACCUUGAGGACGAAAACACAGCUGUCCCGAGGACACACAUUGAUGAUGAGUAUGCGAAUGCAGCGGAAAGAGAUCCUAAAAUUUUGAUAACUACAUCCCGUAAUCCAAGUGCUCCACUUACACAGUUUGUAAAGGAAUUGAAGUUUGUCUUUCCUAAUGCACAACGAAUGAAUCGUGGUGGUCAGGUUAUUAAAGAAAUUAUUGAAACUUGCCGUGCACAUGAUUUUACAGAUGUUAUCUUAGUUCAUGAACACCGUGGUGUGCCAGAUGGUAUGACUAUAAGCCAUCUACCUUUUGGUCCAACUGCCUAUUUUGGAUUAUUCAAUGUCGUUACAAGACAUGACAUUAAAGACAAGAAGACCAUUGGAACAAUGUCUGAGGCAUACCCACACUUGAUACUUGACAAGUUUUCAACCAAGCUAGGUGAAAGGACAAAGAACAUUUUGAAGUAUCUUUUCCCCGUGCCAAAGCCAGAUACCAAACGUGUUAUAACCUUUGCUAAUAUGUCUGACUAUAUUUCGUUCAGGAAUCACAUUUAUGAGAAGCCUGGAGGUCCUAAAUCAAUCGAGCUUAAAGAAAUUGGUCCUCGGUUUGAAAUGCGGCUUUAUCAGAUAAAGUUAGGAACAGUGGAUCAGGAUGAAGCUCAGACUGAAUGGGUAAUCAGACCAUACAUGAACACGACGAAGAAACGGAAGUUUCUGGGAGAUUAAUUCCACCUCAAAAAUAAUUUCAAGUUUUGUUUUGUUUGAAUUUUUGUGAUCGAUCUCGGACACUAAUGUGCU